AUGGCUUCCGUCCCGAGUGUGCAAUGCUUCGGCAAGAAGAAGACCGCCACCGCUGUCGCCCACUGCAAGCAAGGCAAGGGCCUCAUCAAGGUUAACGGCCAACCCAUCUCCCUGGUCCAGCCCGAGAUCCUCCGCUACAAGGUCUACGAGCCCCUCCUGAUCGUCGGUGUUGACAAGUUCGCCGGUGUCGACAUCCGUGUCCGUGUCACCGGUGGUGGUCACACUUCCCAGGUCUACGCUAUCCGUCAGGCCGUUGCCAAGUCCAUCGUCGCAUACUACCAGAAGUACGUCGAUGAGCACUCCAAGAACCAGCUCAAGCAGGCCUUCGUCCAGUACGACCGCACCUUGCUUGUUGCCGACAACCGUCGCGCAGAGCCCAAGAAGUUCGGAGGUCGUGGUGCCCGCGCCCGUUACCAAAAGUCCUACCGUUAA